GGCGGCGCGAUGCCCAACUUUUGCCAUUCGCCCCCGGAGGAACCGCCGGGAGAAGCGAGCCCGAGCGGGAGCAGUGACGGCGGUGGGACUGACAGGCAAGGGCCCCUCGUCUCCUCUGGCCCGCCCGAGGGGCGGCGGUGACCCGGAAAGGCAGCAGCCCCGGCCCGGCCCGGCGGAGGGCUUCAGCAGCUCGCCCUCUUGCCGCCCGGCGCUAGGGCCGGACGGGGCUGUGCUGCGCCGCCGCCUCCCCUUGGGCGCCCUCUUGUCCCGGAAUGCUGCUCCCGCAGCCGCCGCCCGCAGCCGCCCGCGGCAGCAUCCACAAGGGCUCUGGCUCCUGGCGCUCGGGCCGUCCAGCCCCUAGCGCCGGCGCUCGGCAGAAGCCUUUCCCCCGGCGGGUGCGGUGCGCUGCGAGCGGGAGGGACGGGCUUCCUGCCGCCGCCGCCCACCUCGGGAGGGACCAGAGAGGCGCCGCCUCGGCCCGGCAAUCGAGCGCCCCGGCCGGCUGGCUGCCUGGCUGCCUCAGCCUCUGCCCCCCCUCAGCUGUCCGCCUGGCUGGGCAGGAGGGGAGCGCGGGGCGCCUGCGUGGGGCUCGCUCGGGGGGCACCUUUAGGAUGUGUCCGAGGAAAGUUCUCCUGCUGUGCCUGAUCGUCUGUCCAGCCUUGCAGAGCAGGGCUGAGAGUGCAGAGGAGUAUGACUACGAUUACCUCAGCAACACCAACAAAACUUGGGUCCUGACCCCCAAAGCCCAGGAGACGGACGCCACCCAGAUCCUCAAUUCCCUUCUCCAGAACUAUGACAACAAGCUGCGGCCAGACAUUGGCAUCAAGCCGACUUUCAUCGAUGUGGACAUCUAUGUUAACAGCAUCGGGCCUGUCUCUGUGAUCCACAUGGAUAGAGAUCAGCAAGUUUCAGGCAUGCUGUGGAUAACUGCUCCUGUGUGCCUCUCCCAGGAAUAUACCAUCGACAUCUUCUUUGCCCAGACGUGGUAUGACCGGCGCCUUCGCUUUAACAGCACCCUCAAAGCUCUCACCCUCAGCACCAACAUGGUGAGCCAGAUCUGGAUCCCAGACACCUUUUUCAGGAAUGCUAAGAGGGCAGACUCCCACUGGAUUACCACGCCCAACCAGCUCCUCCGGAUCUGGAAUGACGGGAAAGUCCUCUACACACUCAGGUUGACCAUUGAAGCCGAGUGCCUGCUCCAGCUCCAGAACUUCCCAAUGGACACACACUCCUGCCCCCUGGUCUUCUCCAGCUAUGGCUAUCCGCGAGAUGAGAUCAUCUACCGCUGGAGGAGAUACUCCAUUGAAGUCUCUGACCAACGCACGUGGAGGCUGUAUCAGUUUGACUUCACAGGUCUGAGGAACACGUCUGAGGUGCUCAGGACAGGCGCUGGAGAGUACCUGGUCAUGACAGUAUCCUUCGACCUCAGCCGGAGAAUGGGCUACUUUGCCAUUCAGACGUAUAUCCCCUGCAUUCUGACGGUUGUUCUUUCCUGGGUCUCCUUCUGGAUCAAGAGGGACUCCACACCUGCCAGGACAUCUCUGGGGAUCACCACUGUGCUCACCAUGACCACCCUGAGCACCAUCUCCCGCAAGCACCUGCCCAGAGUCUCCUACAUCACGGCCAUGGACCUUUUUGUCUCCGUGUGCUUCAUCUUUGUCUUUGCGGCCCUCAUGGAGUACGCCACCCUCAACUACCUGGUGGGAAGCAAGAAGCCAGCACAGCACAGUGACCGGAAGCCGAGGCUGGCAGACAGCCAGGCCCACCUGGUGGUGCCCUCCUACACCACCAUCAACAUCAACAGGCUGGUCCACUGGCCUCCAGAGGCAGACAGGGAGGAGAACAAGGAGCUGGGGUCCCCCUGCCUGGAAGGGAAGGAGUGCCGGCGGUUCUUCUGCUGCAUUGAGGACUGCCAGACGGGGACAUGGCGGGAGGGCCACAUCCGCAUCCACAUCUCCCGCCUGGACUCUUACUCUCGGGUUUUCUUUCCGACAGCGUUCUUGCUCUUCAACAUUGUGUACUGGGUUGCUUACCUCUACCUCUAAGUGUCCUCCAAUAAAGGUUUGCAGAAAAGGAGAUGUUUGCCUUGGCCUCCCAUCUCCUCCUUCCCUGACCACUGUGAGCCUAGACUCCCCACUAUGGCUUCGAAACAAACAGAGCUUUG